AUGUUUCCUCUCUGGCCCUUUAUCUACAAGCCCUUUAUCUACAAGCCCUUUAUCUUCAAGCCCUUUAUCUACAAGCCCUUUAUCUACAAGCCAUUUAUCUACAAGCCCUUUAUCUACAAGCCCUUUAUCUACAAGCCCUUUAUCUACAAGCCCUUUAUCUACAAGCCCUUUAUCUACAAGCCCUUUAUCUACAAGCCCUUUAUCUACAAGCCCUUUAUCGACAAGCCCUUUAUCUACAAGCCCUUUAUCUACAAGCCCUUUAUCUACAAGCCCUUUAUCUACAAGCCCUUUAUCUUCAAGCCCUUUAUCUACAAGCCCUUUAUCUACAAGCCCUUUAUCUACAAGCCCUUUAUCUUCAAGCCCUUUAUCUUCAAGCCCUUUAUCUACAAGCCCUUUAUCUACAAGCCCUUUAUCUACAAGCCCUUUAUCUUCAAGCCCUUUAUCUACAAGCCCUUUAUCUACAAGCCCUUUAUCUACAAGCCCUUUAUCUACAAGCCCUUUAUCUACAAGCCCUUUAUCGACAAGCCCUUUAUCUACAAGCCCUUUAUCUACAAGCCCUUUAUCUACAAGCCCUUUAUCUACAAGCCCUUUAUCUUCAAGCCCUUUAUCUACAAGCCCUUUAUCUACAAGCCCUUUAUCUACAAGCCCUUUAUCUACAAGCCCUUUAUCUACAAGCCCUUUAUCUUCAAGCCCUUUAUCUACAAGCCCUUUAUCUACAAGCCCUUUAUCUACAAGCCCUUUAUCUACAAGCCCUUUAUCUUCAAGCCCUUUAUCUACAAGCCCUUUAUCUACAAGCCCUUUAUCUACAAGCCCUUUAUCUACAAGCCCUUUAUCUACAAGCCCUUUAUCUACAAGCCCUUUAUCUACAAGCCCUUUAUCUACAAGCCCUUUAUCUACAAGCCCUUUAUCUACAAGCCCUUUAUCUACAAGCCCUUUAUCGACAGUGUCCCACCGAUUCUGUUCUACCAGGCCAAACUGAACAACUGGGCUUGUAUGUGA